AUGGCUGCACCAACUUAUUUUCCACCACAUGAAAUGUGCAAAUGGAAAACACUGGAAAAUAAUGAAUUUCAAGAAAAUGGUAGUCAUGAAACAUUUAUUGAUGGUGGUGUGUAUGCCAACGAUCCAGAAUUAUCAGCCUUAUGGGCAAUAAGAAUGCAAUGGAAAAAAAGAGUCAAUUAUCAUUUACUUUGUAUAGGUACAGGUUACUCAAGUUCAUCAAUCUCAUCAACAAAUAAAGGUGGAUAUACAGGAUGGUUAUUCAACGGAUUAGUGAUUGAUACAUUAAUGGAAGCUACACGCAGUUUAAUUGAAAUAGUUACAAAUAAUUUGGCCAAAUUUAGUGAUAUUAAAAGGAUGAAAUUCAAUUUUGAAAUAACAAAAUCUAUGAC